CUCAGCUUGGCCAGAAAUUAAUCAGUUACAGCUCAGAGAGAGAGUUGCCGAUAGCAGCAUACACACACAAGCCUUGCAGCAAUGGUGGACCACUGUGACCUACCUCAUGAAGCCCCCUGCAACAGCGGGACAUAGAUCGUUAUCUCUCCCACCGCAAGUUCAACCGUUGCUAUAAUGAGACCAAAUGUGAGACUGCACGGCCUGUGAACUUGGCUCAAUGUAAGAGGGAGAGCAGGCACAUCGAAGGAGAGACGGAGACAUUGGACAGAGGUGGAGUUGCGGAAGAGGAGGAAGUGAGGAACAAAACUACAGACUACUGACAAAAAGAUGCAAAGAAGCCCCACGCACAGAGCAUGAGAUGGAGUGUUGGAAAAUAUUAGAGGGAGAAGACUGCGUUGUAUUAGCUUUUUUAAUUCAAUAAGGGUCCCACCCUGGUUUCCUGCUGCAACAUUAUUGACUGAAAUUAGGGGGAGAAGCUAAACGACUAUAACCUAGUGUAGUACUGUCAUGCCCUGCACUACCAUGGAGAAUAAAACCUGCCUUCCAUAAUGGCAUCUUUCAUACUGCACCAUCUGGACGUCACUGGAAACAUGAGGUACAUUCACAAAUCUUAGCCUAGCAGUCUAGGACAAGUCCACAAUUGAUUUGUAUCAAAAAGCAGAAGUUUGAUCGGAUCUCAGACUAACUUCCUCAACAUCCUGACCUAGUGUCAGCAUAAUUAGCUUCGCCACAGCAAGCCUUCAUCGGGGUGUUUUGAAGUAAAACAAUUGGUCUGAAGAAGCUCUGAGAAUGAUGACCAUGUCUGUGCUGGCCACCGCCGGACCAGAAAGCGGGGUGACCCAGCUCGUCCCCAUUCCCACGCUGAACAUCCUUCCCCCGUCCUCAGACACUGAGGCCUGGUCCUGCUUUCCUAGCCCUCGGCCUCCCCGCCGCCACCGGCUCACCCACCCCCACCGGAGCAGAGGCCGGACCAAGAAGAGGAGCGAUGGAGAACAAGAGGAGUCAUCCAAACCCCGGUGGAACGGCACUGAGGAGGAGGGGGUAGAGAGGGUGAAGGGGAGCGCUACUCCUCAAGGAAGCCCCUCACCUCUCCCUUCACCCCUCUUGCCCCCCCACGUGGAGGACACAGUCCUUGGCCCUUCCCUGGACCUCUUGCUACCCCCGUCGUCUCGCAUCUCCUGGUCACGUAGCUCGUCUCUCGGCCGGCGCUCACGCUGGUCCCUCAGGAGUCUGCUCAGCAGGGAGUCUGACUGGGACAGCUGCAGUACCGCCAGUAACUCUCCGCGCAGCACCCCUGGCAGCUCCCCCUCUCUGCGCCGUCGGGUGCUGGGGGGUAGUGGUGGGGGUGGAAGCAGGACCAGUGACGUGGAGGGUGGCCCGGGGGAGCGCAGUGGGGAAAGGAGAGGUUCGGACAGCCCCCUGCCCUCCGCCGCCGCUUCCGCAUACCCUGUCGCCUCACGCCAUUUCAGCCGCAAUGCCAAGAAAAUGCAGAGCUGGUACAAUGUUCUCAGUCCAACUUAUAAACAGCGCAAUGAGGAUUUCCGUAAACUCUUCAAGAAGCUGCCAGACACGGAACGCCUCAUAGUGGACUACUCAUGUGCGCUGCAGAAAGACAUUCUACUCCAGGGGAGACUCUAUCUGUCAGAGAACUGGCUCUGCUUCUAUAGCAAUAUCUUCCGCUGGGAAACCACUAUCACAAUCCUGCUGAAAGAUGUGACCACCCUGACCAAGGAGAAGACUGCCAAGGUCAUCCCCAACGCCAUUCAGAUCAGCACCGACCACGACAAGCACUUCUUCACGUCUUUCGGGGCGAGGGACCGCAGCUACAUGAUGAUGUUCAGACUGUGGCAGAACGCACUGAUGGACAAGCCUCUGUCCCCAAAGGAGCUGUGGCACAUCGUCCAUCAGUGUUACGGCACUGAGCUGGGCCUCACCAGUGAAGACGAUGACUAUGUCUCCCCCACCGACGAGCACAUUAACGGUCUACUGCCAGUGGAAGAGUCAGUCUCUGUCUCUGACCUGUUGGACCUCAGCUCCUUGGGGGCCAUAGCUUCUCUGGGCAGCUCGCCCCCCUCCAUGGCAGCCUUGUUCCCCAGUGGCCCCCUCUUAGCCAGCGGUGGUCUGGGCUCCUGUCCCCCCUCAUCUACCUGUCUGCCCGUAGACAUCCCUGGCAGCCCCUCCCUCGACCCCCCGGACCCCAGCCCGCCCAGCUCCCAGAGCUCCCUGCCCUCCACCACACACACCGCCUCCUUGUCCGCCCCCGCCUCGGCUGCUGCCUCUUUCUAUGUGGAGGAGGACGGGGACUUCCUGUUGGAGUCUGCCAAUCACAUGAUGCCCCCGUCUGCCACCAGCCUGGGAAACCUCUCCUCAUUGGACCAGCUCACCAACGACGACGAGCUGCCUACUGACCCCAGCAACUCCUCAGACACACAGGAAGAGGACGAGGUGGAGUCGUUCUGUGCGGACCUGGCUGGCCGGCUGCACAUCAACAUGGUGGUGCGCAUGAGCGUGGACAAGCUGCAUGACCUGCUCUUCUCCGCAGACACACACUUCAUCCAGCAUCUCUUCUCCCAACGGCACUUCACAGACCUGUCAGUUCGCGAGUGGCAGCAGGACAGCUGCAGUGGGAACACCAACCGGAUCCUGAGUUACACCAUCGCCAUCAACAACCCCCUGGGCCCCAAGACCGCCCCCGUAGUGGAAACUCAGACGCUGUUUAAGAACAGUGCGCCGGGCGAGUGUUACGUGGUGGACUCGGAGGUCAUUACCUCGGGCAUCCCCUACCAGGACUACUUCUACACCGUGCACCGCUACUGCCUCACCGCCAUCAACAAGAACAAGAGCAGACUCCGGGUGUCGUCAGAUAUCUGCUACAAGAAGCAGCCGUGGAGCCUGGUGAAGGCGCUCAUCGAGAAGAACACCUGGAGUGGUAUCGAGGAGUACUACAGACACAUGGAGAGUGAGGUGUGUAAGCUGGAGACCCUGCUCCAGUCUGAGGUGUCAGUGGUGACCUCUGGGGAUGUGGUGGGGGCAGACUCUGCCAAGACACCCCCGGCCCUGCGGCGACGCAAACGCACCUGCUCCCGGCGCCUGGCGGACCGGGAAAGAGAGGGAGGUGGCAUGGGAGGUGGAGAGCGCGGGGACCGGGGAAUAGGAGAGGAGCGGAGAGAGGCGGGUGGUCAGUACAAGCACGGAGAGCGGUCGCGUGGCGGAGGCAACAGCAUCUCUACCAUACUGCUCAUAGUCAGCUUCAUGAUCUGUGUCAGUCUGGUGGUGUUGGUGGCCCUCAACAUGCUCUUGUUUUACAAGCUGUGUUCUCUGGAGAGAGCUGCACACACACUGGAGACGUGGCACUCCUUCUCUCUGUCUGACAGUCCUCUACCCCAGUCGGCAGGAGAGUGGGCCCAGGUGUUGCAGCUCCAGAGACAGUUCCACCAGGCCCAGCUGGGCAAAUGGCAACAGAUCCUCCAAUCCUCAGUCACUCUGCUAGACCAGAUGAAACAGUCGUUGGAAAAGCUCCACCGAGGCGUCGUCACUCCAGAAGUCCAGCAGGAUCCCCCCUCGAACCCCACUUCAGAGUCUCUCACUGAGCACUGAUCCUCCCUCCCUCCACCCUCCAACCUCCAGCCCUCAAGUGGGUAUGAAUGGACCACGGGGGGAGAGAACCAAGGUGGAGGUGGCCAGAGGGGGAGGGUCCAGCUGGGCCAAUCAGGGAGAGUGACUCUCUCACCUGAUCCCACACCUCAGUCUGAGCAACCUGCAAUGAGGUGGGUGGUGAGUGACCUUUAGGGUACUACACUACCCAUAACUCCCCACACCUCAGUCUGAGUAACCUGCAAUGGUAAAGUCCCACCUUCUCUCACGCCCAGACAGACUGGGAAUGUCUUCAGGACUACAGCAAUAACAUAGCACGGUGAGCCAACCAUAUCUCCCACAGUCAGGGCUAAAGGCUGGCCAGUUUGUAUAGUACCAUCUGCUCCUCACAUGCAACCAACCAUGCUGCUCACGCUGAACCAUCUCCCCUGCCUGAGAAUCCAAGAGACAUUUUCAAAAGAAAACGGACGAUCUACUGCAUUUCAACAUGUGCAGCCCUGCUGCUGCGUUUCAAAUGGACAGACUCCGGUCCAGCGCAUUUCAUAACGGACUGACUUGACUUGGACCGACUGCAUUUCUCAAAAUGGGCCAACCCAGAUUUAACUUUGCGUUUCAAAAUGGAUGGACUCUGACAUUUGGGAAAUUGGGAGCUUUCCCAGCCCUGAUAAACAGCUAUGGCUCUGUUCCCAGCUGAAGCCAGCCUAGGGGACUUAUGUGCCUCGGUGUGAGGGGUCCGCUCAGCUAAGUCCCCCUUGAGCCUCUGGAAAUGAGGGACACAUGACGAGGGAGGGGAAAGCUCUGAUGGAUUACAGAAAGUCUCCUGUUUCUAACACUUUUUUUUUUUUCGUUCUCUCUCUCUCUCUCCAUCUGGGAUCAGCAGCUUCCAUCUUAGACUUGAUCUGCUAUUGGAGAAUCAUUUCCAAACAAUACUUUAUUUUUUAUUUUUUAGACGUUAAUAAUCCAAAAAGACUCCUAAAUCCUCUACUAGCUCGUUUUUAUCGUUAGCUGUCUUUUUGAGGGGGACUGGGUUGUUUCGAGAAUUGCGAGCGAGCGAAUGAUGAGUGUGCGCGCCAGACCGUUCCAGUAUUUAUUUAGCACGACUUUGAUUUCGAAAAGUCCUGUCCCGCUCGCAACGCGAGUGAUUUCUUUUCCCCCUAUAUGUUCUGUGUUAAUGCUUCAGCGCGGACCAAGAAAGAGCUAUUAAGUUCAUCUUUUAUAUUUAAUGGUCAUAGCAAUAAGGAUAUUUGGUGAUUUUUAUACUACUUUUGAAUGUGUAAAAAGUAGUAUAUCACUAAAGUGUGUUUUUAGGGCAAAAUGAGACAAGCAAGCGAAGAUCUGGAGUUGGACAAGAAGACAAAGAUAUAUGUGUAUUAGAAAGGAGUGUCCUCAUCGUCACAUUGUCACUGUUACAUUUGGUAUUAUUAAGAUGAGUAUGAUUGAGUUUGUUUUUGUCGGAUACUUUUUCUUUUUUUUCUUGCACUUGGUCAACUUCUAAUUGUGUUAUUGGAUUGGACUUGGAAGUGUUUCAGGGUUACUGACUGUACUCUGUAGACCCAGGCUCUGCGUCCCAAAUGGCACCCCAUUCCCUUUAUAGUGUAGUGCACUACAUAGGAAAUAAUGUGCCCUUUGGGACGCAGACUUUGUAGACCAGGUAAACAGAGAGAUGCGAUAAAGGAGUGACUUUCUAGUGUAAACUGGGCUGGACUUAAAAAGGACCAACCAGUAGUGUAGGCCUGGAUAAAGGGAAAUGUUGCAGUAUUGUUUUUGUGAGUUCAAAUUGAUGUUUAUAUGUUGUUCCUUUUCAUUUUAUAUCUUUAUUUUGUAGUCUGUCUUGUUUCUUCUUGUUUUUGUUUGUCGGAGGGUCAUCUCAUUUUAUUUUCUGCUCACUCCCCCAACCUCUGAUUCCCGCUCACUGUCUAUCAAAAACCGUCUUCUCUUUUCCUAAUUAUUUUCCCUUUCAUCUCCCCUCCUGUUGUCUUUUUCACUCUUCCUCUCUCUCUUCCAUCGUUGUACUGCCCUCCCCCACUCCUUCCGUCUCUUGCCUGUGCACUGAGUAAGUCAGCUGUGUAAGUGUGUGAGCCUUGCUGUGCACGGCCAAACAGUGAGUGAUCAAAGGAUGUACUGUAUUUAUUAGGUUCAGGGAGGAAAGUGGGGUGGGGGGGGGGGGGGUCGGGGGAGCAGAUGUACUGUAAAAGAGUUGAUUGUACACAAUGCCCUGGAGAGAAAUGAAAAGCUCUAAAAUAUGCAACAACUCAUUGGAGUGUUAUUUUUUUUAAAGUGUGUGUGUGUGUCAUCUACCAUUUUCAUAAAGUUUAACUAAAAAAGUAUUUCAAAACA